UCCUGUGAGCCAAUUAAAACCACGCCUGGUGAGGAAAUUGGACUGUAAUACAGUUUAACUAAAGCCAAAAGAGUGGUUCUACUUUCACAUUCUGCUGCACGCCUGAUUUCCCGGAAUUGCCCCACUGCUUCUGGAGCAGGAGAAGCCGCACCCACCGGAAAGCCCGUGCAUAAAGAGGGGCUGUGCUGGGCUUGUCCCGUGCCAGGAGCUGCGGGGCACGGAGGGAGAAGGAUUUUGGGCCUUUCCUUCCUGGUGCUCUUCCUCCUGAGUUCUCAAGGGGUUCCCAUCUUCUGCUCCACACCCUGCUGUGUGCUCCAGGCCUGCCACUGCUGCUGUGCUGUGUCCCCUGAGCUGGGGCCGUCGGCUGCCCGUGUCUGCUGGGAAACCAAGACUGGAACAACAGGAGCAUCUGCUGUGAGGGUUGAUCCUGCAAACAGGAAAGCAACAGGCACAUCCAGUGUGCUGGGAAGGAGACCCUGGCUCUUGUGCCAUCCCAGGCUGGGCUCCAGCAGCCGGGUGGGAGCAAUCCCCAGGGCUGCAGCUGCUGCAGGGCCUCUGCCAAGAGAAUGGAGCCUCUGACAGCACCUUAGGGAAAGUCUCUUUUCUUCCUCCACAGACAUGGCUUCGCAGAAGGACACACAAGAGGGGGAUUCAAAGACAAAGCUCCUGGCAGAGGAAUUAGAGAAGGAAGGACUCGAUACUGGAUACUGGCUGCCCAAGGUGAUGCAGAUCCUGGGAAUCAAGUGCAGAGAAGCCCUGCAACAUGUGGAACAUAAAGACUAUCUCAAGCUGAAGUGUGAAGUACGGCACCCUUGGGAGGAAAAGGCACUCCAGAAAUUCCUGAAAAUACCAGAUGAGAAAACAACCGCUAAAGGGGUGCAGAAGGAGCACUUGGAGAAGACAAAGCAAAGACAAGAAGUGGCCAAACGAGCCCUGAAUGAUCUGACUGAAAUGCUCAACAGCAGUAACCAAAGCCAGGAUGCUGUGAGGGAGAAAGCAGAGACUCUGUGGAAAGCCAUGGAGAUUCCCAAGGAGUUCUGGCCACCACCAAAGAAACCCUUGGCAGAUAUGCUGCAGAGCAUGCAGAAGCAGCUGGAGCAGCAGGAUUUGUCAGCAGUCAGGAUGGAGAACAUCCCUGACACAGAGGUGCUGAGGCGGGCGUCGGGGGGACUGGCCCUGCAGGGCAUCUACAGAACCAGCAGACCUGAAGAUGUGCUGGCAACGCGAGAGCAGCUCCUCAGGGUUCCUGAGGAAUUCCAGCUCACUGGUCCGGAGCAAGGAUCGCUGCUUGAGAGGAAGGAGUUCUCCUCCGCAGCAGCAGAAUCCACUUUCACCAAGGCCAUGGAGCAGCUGGGCUCCAGCAUGAGCGUUUCUGGCAAAGCUGACUUCUGGAGGGUCAUUCUGAGAGGAGGCAGAGAUAAGAUCAGCUCCUCACAGCCACAGGACACCCACCAGUCCCACUCUGAGCAGAGUUACUUUUGCAGCACCGUGUACCAGUACAUCCCCCUGGCCUCCUGCUACUUCCAAAGAUAUCAGCUUCGCCUGUCGGAUGCAGCUCUGCAGGAGUUGCAAGACAUGGAGCAGCUUUUGUGCUUCACUCAAGAGGACGAGGACGCCCUGCUGGAGAGGUGUGAGAGGUUCUUCAGCAGGUUUGGGUCCCACGUAAACCAGGGUCGCCUCCACUUUGGGGGGAUAUUCUGGUGGAAGGCAUCCACAGAAGGAUUCCAAGCCGAGAAGAGGGAAGAGAUGAAGCGACAAACAUCUGAAGCACUGAACAGCUUUGUCAGGGCCAGCUUGGGUGGCUUCAGGGCCAGUGCUGCGGGUGCCCCAGAUGUUUUCAAAUCCAGCUUAAAGGCUUCUGUCCUGGGUAAAGCUGGAGACAGUUCCCAGACAGCAAUUCAUCUCUAUGUGGUCAACACAGGGGGCCCACCAGACACAUCUUCUCUUCCUCAGUGGAAAAUGGGGCUCAUGUCUGAUAACACAACGUGGUGCGUUAUCGACCGUGGCUCUGAGCUAGUCCCAGUGUGGGAUGUCAUCCUGUACAAUCACAGCAGGGAUUUUAAGUCCGUGGGUCAGAUGAGCAGAGCCCUCAUGGAUGCAUACAAAGAGCUGACAAAAGAGAGCAUAGGCACCACUUUUGGAAAGGAAAGAGAAAUUGCAAUGCAAGAGGCCAGAGAUUUCAUGGGGACUGUGAAGACCUGGGAGGUGACGGUGGAUGAAGGAAAGCUGCGCAAGAUGAUGAAGCUAAAAGAUGAUCUGAAUGCAAGAACCAGGAACCCCAGUGUGUGGAUCAACGUGUGCCUGUCAGACAAAGCCCUGCAGGAUUUCCUGGUGAACACCGUGCGCAGCUGCCAGGAGUCACCUCCAGAAAACACCAGCUCCAUCAAGGUAAUGUUGAGAAGCCUCCUGGAUCCUCACAUCUACUCUGUCAAGGACUUCCCUGAGGCUUCCUACAUUAUGGAAUGGAUUCGCCAGACUAAACACCCACUUCCCAGAUCUCCCAAAGUCUCUGAGCUUGGAGACCUCAUCAAAACACUGCAGCAAAUGAAGGAGCACAUCCAUACUGUCACUGACACACCAGCAAGCUCUGCUUCUGCCAUUCAUGAAGCAAAGAAAAAAGCCACCCGGACCAGCAGCCUCGCCAUUUAUUCUUUACUCCAGUCUCUCCAGGAACGGGCUCAGAAGGACAUGGAACUGUUGGUGCUCUUGAUUGCGAGCAGCACAGGGUACCAGGUGGAAAACAGCACUUUCCAGCACCUCCUUGGACACCCAGAAAUUCAGUACAUGGCCAAGGAAAUGGAAGCGGCACAUGAGGAGUAUGUGAACCUGAAGGAGCAAGAUGCCGACAGAGCUGAGGCGUCCCUUCUGCUGUUGGGUCUGACUGUGACCCCUGAAAGUCAAGAGCUGUCCCCUGAGCAGAAGAGGGAGCGAUUAGUUUUCAUGGAAGAUCACAUGAAAGGCUUGUGGUCCCCACGGAUAAAGAAUCUCCUCCAAAAGCACAGUGGAGGCACAGACUGGGAGAGGCUGGAACGGGACUUGCGUUCCUUGAUCAGUGGGUGCUUGGAUGAGAAAUUGGAUGAACAGAGGAUGCAGAACAUACUCAGAGACCUGGAAGACACUUUUCCAAGACCUGAGCCCUGGAAUCAAUCUAAGUCCAAGUCAGACAGCAGAGAAUCCAAAUCUGAUGAAGCCAUUGCAAACCAGGAGUUCCUGCAGUUGCUCAAGCGCCUUGGACUCGAAAGUCACUAUCCAAGAAAAAUGGGGAUGGGAAAUUUCCACACCAUCUGCAAGAUAUCUCUGCAGGACAGCCAGCCCAGCAAGGACACAGAACUGCCAUGUUACUUCUUGCAAAAGCUGUUAACUGUGGAUUACCAGGUGAGGUACCUGACUUGUUGGGAUGAGAGCAACCCAAGGCUUGCCCCUGUGCCAGAAACUACAGAGCAAGAGGAUGAAUCAUCAGAGUCCUUUGAAAACUUUCUUGAGGAUUUGAAGGAAGCAGCCCCUGAAGGUGCAGUCAGGGAUGGCCAUGUGCACCCCAUGGACCUGCAGAUGGCCAUUUUCCAUUGUGCUGAUGACUUCCUCAGGCAGACCCUUGCAACCAAGCUGGCCUUCUGCCAACUGGCGCUGCCUCUGCUGGUGCCCAACCCGUGCACUUCACGCAUCGAGUUCCCGCUCUACGCCCUCAGCCAAAUCCAAAGGAGCUGGCAAGAGGCGGAGAAGUCAGGAAAGGAGGCUGGAACAAAGAGUUACAAUAACAAACUCAUCUUUCAGGCACAGACACCCAUCGUGUCCUUCAUCCGCAUUGGCAGAUCGGCCUCCUCUUCCAAGUCUCAGCUCCUGAAUGCUCUGCUGAGCAAACGCAAACACGACACUUUCUUCCACCGCAACUGCAGAGGCAGCACCAGAGAGCGUUUGCUGAUGGAAGGGGUGGUGGAGAUCGCCUGGUACUGCCCCCGUGGAAGCCCCGAUGACACCUUUGAGUGCUGUGUGGCUUUCUGCAACCUGCAUGGAGAUGCCAGGGAUCAUGGAGCACAGCUGCAGUUCCUGCAGGAGAUAUCUGCUGUCAACGUGGCUCUUGUAUCUGAUUCAGAGCACAUGGAAAAGAGAGGGGAAAAGCUUCUGCAGGACCUGUGGCAGUCACAAAAGCCUUUGAUUUGUCUUCUUGCGGAAAAAGGGAACGUUGCCGCUGGCAGACUGAGUAAAAACAUAAAAAUAGGGAUCAAGAACAGAAACGAAGCAGAACUGAUGGACCAGUUGACUAAGGCAAUUGGGAAUCUCCUAGAAGUAUCUAAUCCAUGUUUCAGCCUGGAUGCCUGCGUGGACAAAGCUCGCCAGCACGGAUUCAUAGUGGAUGCACAUCAACCCGCAUGUGUGACAGCCAAAGCAAAGGCAAAGGAGCUGGUGGACCUUCUGAAGAAAGAGAAGCUGUCUGAGAUCAAAUCCCAGCUGCUGCCGCUUCAAGGAAAACUGUGGGACCAAUGGUGCAAAAAGGACAAGGAACUCACUCGCUUGCAGGAGAAGGGGAACACGAGCAUUGAGCAACAUCGCAGCCAAAUUGAAAAUGAGAAGGCAGAACUAAGAAGGAAGCAACUUGAGCAAGCUUUUCCUCUCAACCCACUGAUGAAAUCAUUCCUUGGCUUUCUCCAGGCCCAGCCAGCAGAUACCAAGAAAUAUUUCCUGCAGUGGAUGAAGGUUUUUAUGGAUGAGCUGUCCUGCGGUCGCCUUGAAGAACUAAGGAGAGACUAUCACGAGUUAUGGUCUGAAAUCCGGACAGGAAAGAAAAAUCAGGAAAAAACAAUGGAGAAUGCUGAGUUGCAGAGUCAGCUGGAUUCUGUCUCUGAGGAACUCAACGAUUCAUCCAUUGGCCUGGAGCACCUUCUGAGAGAGGUAGGGCAGAUUUAUGAAGCCCUGGAACUAAUGAACUCCAAGAAUGAGAGUUUUGUCAAAUUGCCAGAAAUUGCAGCAGAGCUGAUGGUUUCAGGGUAUCCCAUGGAGCUCAUGGAUGGGGAUGCUUCUUACCUGCCCUUGCAAUGGGUGGGAGCAAUUUUUGACAGCUUAAUUGAGAGGCUGGGGGACAAACGAGUGUUUGUGCUCUCCGUGCUGGGCAUCCAGAGCACCGGCAAAUCCACCCUGCUGAAUGCCAUGUUUGGGCUGCAGUUCAACGUCAGCGCGGGGAGAUGCACCCGCGGAGCCUUUAUGCAGCUCAUCCCAGUGGGCGAGGAGCUGCAGCAAGACUUGGGCUUUGAUUUUGUGCUGGUGGUUGACACAGAAGGACUUCGUGCCAUCGAGAUGGCCAAUAAACAGUCCCUGAACCAUGACAACGAGCUGGCCACCUUUGUCAUUGGUGUUGGCAACAUGACCGUGAUCAAUGUCUUUGGAGAAAAUCCAUCAGAAAUGCAAGAUGUUCUGCAGAUUGCUGUGCAGGCUUUCCUGAGGAUGAAGAAAGUCAAUCUUUCCCCAAGCUGCAUCUUUGUCCACCAAAAUGUGGGAGAAGCAACUGCCCAGGAGCAGAACAUGGAAGGACAAAGGCGUUUGCAGAAAAAGCUGGAUGAAAUGACCAUGGUAGCAGCCCAGCAGGAAUUCUGUGACAUCUCCUCCUUCAGUGAUGUCAUUGGCUUUGAUGUGAAGACCCACAUUCACUACUUUGCUCACCUGUGGGAAGGAAACCCCCCAAUGGCACCACCCAACCCCAGCUACAGCCAGAACGUCCAGCAACUAAAGAGUAAAAUCCUCCAGGCUGCCCAGAAGCAGUCACAGCGCAGCAUUUUGAGGCUCUCGAGCCUGAAAGUUCGUAUUGGUGACCUCUGGAAUGCUUUGCUGAAUGAAAACUUUGUUUUCAGCUUCAAGAAUUCCCUGGAGAUUGCUGUGUACAGGAGACUGGAAAGUGCCUUUAGUCAGUGGACCUGGAAGCUGCGGAGUCACAUCUUAGACGUACAGAUGAGACUGGACAACAGAAUUCGCAAUGGGGACUUGCAGAAUGUCACCAGAGAAGAGCUUGAAGGGCUGAUGCAAGAGACAAGUGAUGCCAUUGAGAAAAAAGUGGAAAAGUAUUUCAGUGAAGACAAAGAUCAUGAGAUACUGGUGCAGUGGAAAUCAAGCACAGAGCUGAAGCUGAACGAUCUAAAAGAGGCUCUUCUUCGUGAAACGAAAAAGAAAUGUGAGAAUCUCAUUGAGUUACAGAAGGAGCAGAGGAAACUGGAUGCCAGGAAGUUGGAAUAUGUAGAUGAGCUCCUGAGAAGGAGUAGGGAGCUGGCUGUGACUCUGAAAGGGAAGAGCCUCAGUGAGAGAGAACUGAAAGACAACUUUGUUGUUGUCUGGAACAAUUGGAUUGCUGAAGUCUCCCGUGCUGCUCGUCCUCCAGAACGGGUGGAUAUUGAUGCGGAAAUUGACGAUGUCCUUCUAGGGCACUUUAAGGAGCCGGGUUUCCAUGAACGGAUCAGGUCAUUUCCCAAAGGCAGACGAUUUUCUUUUGACUUAGAGAAACAUGUAAUGAAAAAAAAGCGUUUUGGUGUCGCCACUAGGAAGAUAUGUGAUGCUGAUGUGAUCAACUUGCAGCACAUCACAGACAAGAUCAUAGCACGUGUGAUAGCAAAUAUUGAUAAGAAGGAACAGGAGAAACGUGAUUACAGUCAAAAUUUUAUCCAUGAAAUACUCAAUGAAGUCCAGAAAGGUGUGAACUCCGUCCCCAGUGAUGAAAAAUGUACUUUUAACAAAGAGUAUAGCAUAGAUUUGUCUCUGUAUCUGUGCAAAAUGGCAGCAGAAAGGUUUAAAGUCAUGCACGAAACAUUCCAAAACGCAAAUGACCCAGUCAUGUACCUGAAGAGCAAGAGAGAAGACUUCUUCCAAUGUUUCCAGAUUUCCUGCCAAGGAGCCACUUCGAUCACAACUUUUGCUGGUUUCCUUUGUGAGAAGAUUGAACCAGCUCUUCGCCUCUCUGUCUAUGAGAGGACAGCUAAAGACAUUGCUGAGGUCAUGCAGGGCAGAUUCCCAGAUUUCAGGGGCAACAGAGCCAAUCUGGAAGUUUGCAUCUUGAGACACCUGGCAGAACAAGAAAAUUUUGAGUAUUUCAAGCAGUAUCUUAUGUUUCCAAAAGACUUUUGUCAGAGUUACAUUGAGACACGAGUGAAGAGUCACUGUUUAGAUGAGAGCAGGAGGCUGGAAAAGUUUUUAGAUUCCUCCCUUAGUCUUCUCUAUGGAAACAUCCUGUCAGCUGUUUCUUCAUCAACCCAAAUUGUCAAAGACAGAAAAGACAGAGAAGACAAAGUCUCUCUUUGGCUGGAUGAAUUUUGCAGGGAACUGACAGAGGUGAUCAGCUUGCCCAGAAGUGACCUGAAGGGCAUCGAGCACCAGGAGGUCACAGACAUUGAGUUCCUAAGCAGUGCCAUGGCAGAAGCUCUGGGUGACCUGAGGGACAGGCUCAAGAAUGAAUUUGCUGAUGCUGAUAUGAGCUCGUUCUCAAGACAGCCUCACACCAUCUUAGCAGAGCACUUUUCGGGGUGCUGGGAACAGUGUCCCUUUUGUGGGGCUCUCUGCACAAACACCAUGCAGGGACAUGAUGGAGACCAUCAUCUGGUCUUCCAUCGCCCACGAGCGUUUGUGGGAGCCAAGUGGAGUGAGACGGACCACCUGGUCAUUGAUAUUUGUUCCAGCCUUGUUGCAAGUGAUGGCUUAUUCAAAGUUGGUGACAGUGAUUUGAUCCCAUACAAGAAAUACCGUGAUGCAGGACCCCGUUUUUCCACUUGGAACAUUCUCCCUGAUUCAUCCAUGCAGGCAUACUGGAAAUGGUUUGUGUCUCAUUUCAGGACACAGCUGGAAGCUUUGUACAAUGGGAAAUUUCAGGGUAAAGGAGAAAUCCCGGAGGCCUGGCAGAGAAUUACCAAGCAGGAAGCACUGUCUGAGCUGGACAGACGUUAGGCCACAUGCAUGGGAAGGAAGAACCACAACAGCUUUGCAGUUCAGGAGAACUUUGUACCAGGCUCUCCAGAAAAUGCAGUCACAUUGAUGAUGCUCUCAAACCCAGUGAUGGCAAUAGUAUCCAAUUGCUUCCAAAUUUGGUGAAAUAAGGCACGUUACUGUGGCUGUCACUCAUCAACUCCUUUGCAUCAUGAGAAGUCCAGAAUCCCUUUGCCUUCUUGCCAUAAACAUUUCCCUCUGCUUUCUCCUAGAGCCAAACCAAACCCCCUCCUUGGGGCGAUCGGCCUCAUGGCCAAGCCUGAGCCCAAAGGCCAGUGCAAGGGCAAAUGCAGCACUCCAAGGCCCACUUGGAUCAGCUGCUGUGAGACAAGAAGGGACAGUGCUCCAAAGGCAGUUUUCCUGCAUCAAGGAGGUGUCCUGCUUGGAGAAAGGGCUGCAGGACCUGAGGCCAGCUCCAUGCUGGCUGCAAGCUGAGCUGCUUGGCUUUUGGGCAUCAUCCUUCCCUCUCUCAUUGCAGCCUCCUGGAUCAACUGAGGCUGUUCUCCCAGCAGGAGCUGUUGUGCCUCCGGGCUCUGGAAAGCAGUGACACGACUGCCCCGGGGCUCAGGCAGUGUUUUCACUCCCUGUCUCAGAGGUGCUGUAACUCUGUCCAGGGCAGCUGCUCCUGCUCAGGUGCCUGGGGCUGCUGCUCUUCCCUCCAGCACUCAGCCUCAGCAGAAGCUGCUCCUGUCCUUGGCCUUUCUGCUGAGCAAAAGCCUUUGAAAUGCCCCAUGUGGAGAUUCCUGUCUGCCAGCACCUUCUGCAGCAGCCCUGGAGCCAGUGCUGGUGCUGUCCAGGCAGGCUGGUGGCACCAGAGCCGUGCUCUGGAGAAGGUGACACCAGGUGUCUCUGCCGCAGGGAGCUGUGGGGGCUUUUGCUGUGCAGGUGCUGCAACCCUGCUGGCAAUGCAAAGGCCAAGCCCUCCUGGCGAGCUGGCUGAAGGGCUGCUUCAGCCUCAUCCCCUGCAGGCUCUGCUAAUAAAGGAGUUGAUUUGGACUGCA